AUGCAAGAAAACCAUAUUGAUGAGGUUUCUCAGUUAGGGAGGCAUCUUUCUACACUUUUAAAAUGGUCAGUUAUAGAUAGAAAGCUUUUUGAAAUACAUGUAACUCCAUUGACUAUUUUGAGACCUGCUCUCCAUCUUAAUAACCUCAAAGUAAUACUUGAAGAAAAUCCUGGCAUACAAACCGAUAAUAUUCUGGAUGUAUUGAUUGAAAAUACUUAUACAGCACUGUCAGCAAUAAUGUCAAUACUCCUUUAUAACUCAGUUCAAUGUCGGGGACUUGGUAGCCACCCAUUAGAAGCUAAUAUAAAGAUUCAGAUGUGGUUAAAAAUCUUAACAGAAUUGUUUGUUUUGGAUCAAAUUCGAUUCGAACCAGUCCGAGAGCUUAACCACCUUAUUCCUGGAAAUGCUAAGGAAGGUUCGAAACAAUGA